UAAAAAUAAAAAUAACGGCCCUUGAAGGCCACUGGCCGUUGACGUGAUAUUAAAUUACAGCAGUUACAUAAAUAAAUAAUUGAAAAAAGAAAAGAAAAGAAAAUCGCUAUUUGCCGCAGCUCUAUUAUUAAUAAGAAAGAAUCUUACAUAUUCAUUUAUUUUCGUUUGAAACAUACAACACCUGUCAUUUUGUUGUUAAUCGCUAUGACAAACGCAACAGCAAAAAUAUGACGGCACAUUUGAACAAUAUAAAUUUCACUUGAAUAUCCAGCAUAACAAAAAACUAUCCAUUAGUACUGAACAUCGUCUGAAUAAAAAAUUGUAUCGCAGUGAAUUUGAUGAGAGUCAAAUACCAUUAUUAACACAACAAAUAUGUGAUACAUGUGAACAACUGUUAGAACUAUUACAAGAUUUGAUUGACAAUGGUGGACAAAUGAUAGAGGGAAAAAAUGAGAAAACUCUUCAAAUAACGGAACAUAAUGAUAAAUUAGAAAUAAAUAUUAAAAU